AUGUCUAUGAGACCACAGGAUGUUCCAGAAAUGACCCUGGAUUAUCAACCGGAAAAUCUUCCAAAAAACAAGAAAUCAAAGAUUUUGCCCAACGAGUCUGAUGAAGGUAGCACAGCAGAGUCUUCUGAGUCAGAGAUCGACGAAACUCAACCAAAGAGCCACCACCAGAACGCUAAGCGCAAAGACCAUGUUAAACACAAGGGAAAAGGCAAGCGUAUGUCUCUGGACAGCGAAGGUGAAGACAGCGAGGACAGUGAGGACAGUGAGGUCGAAGACGACGAGUCUUCUCUGGUGAACUUCAACGCUUCAAGCAAGACCCAACGCCGGAACACCAAACAAAAGGCCACGAAGCGCAACAGACACAGCAGACAAAACAGACACAAAAAGAGCUCUACAAGUCAUGCAGCGAGAAAAGGAAGAGACAGUUCUUUCUACACAGGCAACAAGCCCUCAUCCUCCCGCGCACGCUACCAGAACGUCGACCACAACCGGGGUGUGAAGCGUGGCAGAAAGCAAAACGUGUACCAGGAUGACUCGACUGAAGAAAGUGCCGACGAGUCAUCCAGCGCAGAGAUGGACGCCGCUUCUUCCCGCACAAACCAUGGCAAAGUCAAGCGCAAGCGACUCGGAGACCCCAAUGAAGUGGCUGAUAGUACUUCGGACAACGAGAGUGACAUGGAGGAAGAAGUCAAACGUCGACUUACUCGAGCAUGUGCCAAGUCCGCUUCGGUCAAGAACAAGUCCCAGACUGCGAAUGACAAGAAACUCGACAAGACCAAAGAGCUCGCCGACUCACCGGAUAAAGACCUUGUUAGGAAUGCUUUGGGUGGUCUUACUUUGGGAGGGGAUGCGGAUGCACCGAAGACAGAUGGCCGAGCUCCGCGAGGACAUGCUAAAUCUACUCAUGUCAAGAUGCCUGUCAAGACUAAAUCCCAGAGUGGGAAUCGCAAGAAGGUUGACAAGACCAAUGAACUGGCUGAGUCACUGGAUAAGGAUCUCGUUGGGGGAGCUAUGGAUGGUUCUACUUCGGAGGGGGAUGCACCGAAGACGAAUGGCCGCGCCACGAAGACCACGAAAGAAAAGCACGAUGAAAGGGCUGGCUCCAUGCAUGAGGAGAAUGAGGAAUCCGAGCGCGAUGAAGCUGAUGUCUGA